AUGAAUGUUGUGGUCAGUGUUAUCGUUGUUCGUCGUCGUCGUACAAUUAUAAUAAUGAUACAAAAUUAUGGAACCAUACCUACCAAUCAACAGCAACAACAAAAUAAUAAUUCCAAUCAAUCUAUACCAACUGCAUCAUUAAAUGCAAAUUCCAUCACCAAUUUUAGUAGUAGUAGUUCAGCAGGCAGUUCAUCAUCUUCAUCAUUGUCAUCUUCAUGGAAUAGUAAUAGUAGUGGAGGAUCGAUUAUGAUGUUGGAUGGAAAUAUUAAUAGUGGAUGCCCAAAUCCGUUACUUUUAAUCAAUAGCAGCAACAACAACAACAAGAAAAAACUAGAUGGAAAAGAUAGAAAAAAGAAAAAAAGAGAGAAACGCAAAAAACAGUCCACCAUUAGCGUUACCAUCGACAAUCCUCUUCAUAUUGGUAUAGAAGAUGGAUCAUCUUUUUCAUCAAACAACAACCAACAACUAUUACUCUCUCCUCAACAAGAAAGUCAACGUGGAAGUGGUAGUAAUCUACUAGUUGAAUACAGUCCUACUUUGGUGGGUGUUCAGGUAAAUAGACCACCACCAUCUCCUUCCUCUUCCUCCAAUAAUAAUAAUAUAAUUUCAUCUUCUUCAUUGUCGGCAUUAAAUACACCAUCACCAUCAAGUUUUUCAUAUAGAGGUAUUCAUCACCCAAUCUGUCCAUGUAGUACAUUACAUCAACAACAGAACAAGUUGCUGUUAUUGCAACAACAACAAUUGCAACAGAUAGCAAGCGAAGACGACGACUUUGAAGAUGAUGAUCAAGAUGAAGACGAUGACGAUGAUGAUCUCGACGACUGCGGCGGAGAUAUUGACGAGGAGAUGGCCGAAGACGAGAUGGAGCCCAACCGGUAUUCAGUGGGCGACCAGAUGGACAUUGACCCUAUCGAUUCUUGGUAUAAUGGCGAUCCCUUGGUAUCUGAAGUGCUCAAAGACGAGAGAGAGACCAUUUCCAACGUAGAGAUGCGGUCCAGCGAGCUCGAGGCUGUCGAGCGCACCAUCAAGCAACUGACCGAAACCAAGCAGGCAAUCGAACGUGACAUUCGCCUCCACAAGCUACAGUUGCGCACCGUCCAACGGAAAAAGAACGAAUACAUAAAGACGAUUGCAAACUCUUACAUAUCGAUUGCCAUUCGCUACAACUUGGCCAAGAACGAGAGCAGGUGUCUCACCUUGAUCCUGCCCGACGAAGUCAUGUUGCAUAUAUUCUGCUUUCUAACGCCAAUGGAUUUGUGCAGUGGUGUGUGUCGGGUCAGUCGCAAAUGGCGGUCUCUUGCAUUUGACAUUUCAUUGUGGCGUGACAUUUGCCUACAACGUCGUCUACUAGAUGGUUCUAGUUUCUUUGAUGCUCCACCCCCCAAGUCUGGUAGUAUUGGAAGUGGUGGUGGUGGUGGUAACUCACUCUUUAUCCAUAAGAAAUCAAUGGAAUGUGAUGAAAAAGCAUCGUCCUCCUCUUCAUCAUCGAAUUCUCCUUCAUUAUGUCCAUCUCCAUCUACAACAUUAUUGUCAUCACCAUUGUCAACUACAACCUCAACCACAACCACUACUACAACUACAUUUGAUCAACAAUCUCCACAGAUAUCGUAUGGAGGUAGUGUAUGGGGUGAUAAUUGGUAUGUUGGAGAGUUUAGAAAGGACAGUAAUUGGCGACGUGGAAAGUACAGAACCACCGUACUCCGCGGCCACAAAGAGAUUGGAAACAAACUACUCAGCGGCUCCACCGACAGCACUAUCCGUCUUUGGGAUCUAAAGAAUGGAACUCACGUCAAUACCAUCAAGGGUCAAUCCGCUGUUUGUUGUCUUAAAUUUACCGAUUCAAAAUUAAUUACUGGCUAUGAAGAUAGUACUAUAAAGAUUUUUGAUUUUUCCUAUUAA